AUGUCUAACAUCCUCGCUCAAGUGGUGUUGUUUCCCUUGGUGUCAGAGAUCUACAUGCCAGUCCUUUACAAAUUGAAGUUAUUUAGCAUCAACCAGGUUUCUUGAAAAUUCUCUUCAUCUAAUCUCCCAGUUGUAGUACUUUGAGAUGCGUUUUGGAGUGAUUCUCAAGAUCCUCGUCACCGUUACUUUCAUUUUACAGAUGGUGAGCUUAUGCAGUCCCCUUUGCCAUGCCUUUUAUAUUGGAAUUGCCAUAGAUGAUGGGGCGAAUUGCUGCCUUCUUAUCGGUUUACGACUAUCAAACGGCAGAAUCUAUGAAUUCUCAUGAGCAUAAAAUAAUGAACCUGUC